UCAAGUACUACGUUUCAAAAAGAAAGCCUUCCAAAACUAGACAUGGGAAUCAGACUACCUUCACUUCUCCUCAAUGCCAAGCAAAUUGUCAAAAUGCAGACCGUUUCUUCUAGAAAUCAAUGUGGCGUUCCCAAAGGCCAUAUUGCAGUCUAUGUGGGAGAUAUCGAAAGGAAGCGGUUUGUGGUUCCAAUAUCAUACUUGAACCAUCCGUCUUUUUCAGCUUUGCUCAAGACUGCUGAAGAAGAAUUUGGAUUUAAACAUCCAACUGGAGGAUUGACAAUUCCUUGCAGAGAAGAGGUGUUCAUCAAUCUCACAUCCAGUCUGCAAACUUCCUGAAAGAAGGAAGAAAGACAAUCCAGCACACAAUUUUGCCACAUUCUCUCCAUUUUUUCCCCAUAGUUAAGAGUAGAAAUCAUUGUAUAGUUAGUUUCAACGUGUUAAUGAUUGGGUAGCUGAAAGGUGAUAACACAUUGCCUAUGUACCUGAACAUCAUUUACACAACUUACAAUCACAGAUCUGUAAACAUGGAAAUACAAAUACUUAGUCACAUUUCUUACUUAAAAAGGACUGCCCUCCUCCAUGAACUUUAAUUCAUCUGAAUUCUUCAUGUUUU